CGGGAAUAUCUGCUAGUGCGACAAAGACGUCGAUUUCUACCGUUUUUCCACCUAAAUCAUGGAACUAGCUGAGAUGGGAGAACGAGUUUUUGCAGCGGAAGGCAUACAGAAAAAGAGGAUACGCAAGGGCAAGAUCGAGUACUACGUGAAGUGGAAGGGCUGGUCUCCCAAGUAUAACACUUGGGAGCCGGAGGAAAAUAUCCUGGACGCCCGCCUAAUCGAAGCCUUCAACACAAGCUUACACGAGAGGGAUGUCACUCCAUGCAAGAGAGGCCCAAAGCCUAAAAGAUUCAAAUCUGGGAAUUCGACCUCAGACGACAAUGACGAUGGUUCAGAACCUGAGUGUGAAGAAGGGGAGUCUAGCCAGAAGGAAGUGUCCCGGCGGGACGAGGGUACCCAGGCGAGCAGCGCGCCCUUACACUGCGACACAUCGGUCGGACUGCCCGUUAAAGCUGCACCGAAGAAACUCGGCCGACCGCCGUCUGCAGCUACAAUACAGAAGAGGUUAGAACUUGCAGCGGCAAUGAAGGCCGCUGGUAAGGAUCCUUCAUCCAAAAGUCCGUCAUAUUUUCCGGUCCCAUACGGCAUGGGGAAGUCUCAGUACGGGAUGCCACCCGGCGUACCGCCUGGGCUGGUGAAGAGGCGGCCAGGGAGGCCCCCGAAAUGUCCGGGUAUCGGGGCAGCUAAGUACGUAGGUCGCCCCAGAGGUCGACCCCGGGGGAGCUCACGAGGUAGGCCGGCGGGAUCGAAGAAAUCCCGGGGAUUUCUACUGUCAGCUUCAUUCCCGUCCCGCAACAAGCCGGAUCAUUCCUCCCCUACCCGCGGGCCCCCUUGCCUGUCACCCCUGAACCUGAGUUUAUCCCCAUCACGUAAAGUAAACGCCCACCCGCCGACUUUAGAAAAAAGCAGAAACGACUUUGACAGAAGCCCGAAUUCUGGGCACGUGAAUGGACUAAAGUCAGACUGGGCCUGUGGGGGCACGAGUGAAAACCCGGACAGUCCCCGGGAUGAUCUUUCCACAGACUCCUUCCCUCCCCCUCCCAUGUUAGUGCCGGAGAACAAGGAGGUGGACGUUAAGAACUACUGGUGUCCCCCAGCUGAUGUCAAACCAGUGAUUGACAAUGUGUUUAUUACUGAUGUCACGACAGAUGCGGUGACGAUUACCUUUAGGGAAAGUACGGCGGAGGACGGUUUUUUCAGAAAGAGGGAUGAUUGUACGAGUGAGGGCGACUAACCGUUAUACCCCAAGACGUCACAAACCCACGUGCGUCUACCCUACACAAUGCUUUAUGUAAUAGUGUCAAUUUCUGAGGAUGGACCACGUGCAUUGGACCAUGUUGAUUAAUGUUUAUGGAUAUUUUAAUUAAAUGUGAAGGUGUGUGUAUGUUUCUGCAGAUAUCCCGGCAUCCAGUGAGAUUCUUGGAUUUAGGGAUAAAUAAAUUACGUUCAGUCAUAUAAUUCUGUAAUAUUUGUGGUGCCGCACGGAAAAUAUUUUCCCUUGUUCCUGGAUUUUUGUAUUCCAGAAUAGACAUCGAAACAACCUUUUUUUUCUUGGAAGUAAACAUUUUUCCGUGCAUCAAGGAAGUCGGUAAAUUCAGAAGUGUACCGACGUUUAAUUAUCUAUCGGUUUCACUACGUCUUGGAUAUGACCAAACUGUAGAGAACGUGCAUGUAACACUGUGGUGUUGAUUUGAUUUGAUGAAGAUAGUAAAGGCAUAUCUAUUUCACUUUGACACCUGCCUUUCGCGGCUAUUAAAAUUCAGCAAUCCUUUAAGCCUCAUCCAGACGGUGUCCCUUGUCGGACUGACUUGAUGAAUUCAUCCAAAAUCGUUAUGUGCAUGUGUGAACAGUCCUCGAUUUUCUUCAGAAGCAUCAAAUGGUAUGAAAUGCUUCACCUAUAGGAUUAAAUUCGACGAUAUCAUAAAUUGCACCUUGUUACACCUACUUAAGGCAAUGUUAAAAAGGUUUUGCCACGUGUCGAAUGUGUAUCUCUUUGUUUUCAGCACUUUUGCGACGUGCGCAUAAACAAACACUUUCUGUGAACGUAGAUUUUUAUAGAGUAUUAGGUAUUUUCUACGUAUACGAAGAAAUGCCAAAGCAUGCAGAUGACAGGCAGUUUUUUAAUUAGCUGCACGGAUUAAGAUAAAUUUGCGCGAGAGCCGACUACAGUGCGUUGUGACGUUGUAUUGCCAGUAGACAUUAGCAUUUUUCAGAUGCUAUUGUGUUGGAGAUAUCAUGAUGUCAUUUCCGGUAUCAUUGUGGUUGCAUUGAUUACCGUUUCCUUUUUUUUGUGUGUGCGUGUUUUUUGUUGUCCUUACGCAUUUUGUACUUGCCAUUCUGAAAACACAUUUUUCUCUGAUGUUUUGUUUGUAUUUGCAUGUUAUGUGUUUAUUUUGCUAAGCCAACCUUUCUAAUCGCAUUUCAACCCAAAGAUAUUUCUUUUCUUUUAUUUUUGAAGGACGUAUAAACUGAAGAUGUUACCCGGUUAUUGAAACUAGGUCGCCGUCGCUUGUUUACUUAACUACGAAUGACAUUCGAGUAUAAUAUGUAGUCUUGGUACAUUUUUGCCAGAGAAAUAUCGCUAGUUUGCAAUGGAUCCAACGUUUUAAUUAUUUUUUUUUUAUAAACCACAUGUUUUAUAGACUGAAGUUUGGACAGUUACUCGUACAAAUAUCACUUGUGACUACUGAAAUACCUGAAACUGUAAUGAAGAAGUAGUUUAGUCUAGAGCGUUCGUUUGAAAAUUCCCCUUGAUUUUCAAGCUGUUGAUGUACAAAACAGUCAGUUGGUGUUGUUGGUAACUAUUUUUUUUUAAUGGGGAGGUUAAGAUAAGUAUAUGGAUCACUCUAUAAAUUAGCCUUCCAGUUAGGCAAAACUGCCUAUACGUCAAUCAGUGUCUUUUUUUCUUGUUUAAAGAUAGAAUUUUCAAGUACUUAUUUUUGAACCAAUCUGUCUGUUAUGUUCAGUCGUUUUCCUUUCCUGUUCACGGAUGUUUAUAUUUUAUAUGUUGACUAGGAAGUUAACCAAAGCGAAUGUAAUUCUGGCAUAGAGCCAACCUCGACCCGUUACUGUGGUAAUUCGAUACCAACGCCAAAGCUAGUAUCAAUCUCAUCUUCCAUGAACUAGUCUGGAUAUUUGGGUUUGAGAACCACUGACGUAAUGUUGUAUAAAUACAGCAAUUUAUAUUUUAUAAAUUGCGGUUUCGGCGGACUAAUUAAUUAACAAACGAGUCCUUGAUUACAAACGGCUUUUUUGAUCAAAUAGUCCAUACUGUUAAUCGAAUUGGAAAUACCUUUCCUUUCACCUGGGCAAAAAUGUAGUGAAAUAUUUUAUGGUUGUUUCUGCAUCUCUUGCACAUACGUCAUUUAUUUGGCAAAUUGUGGUUUCAGUAACUCAGUAUUGAGGUUAAGGCGUCAUAUAGCCAACCAGAUCUGGAGUAACCAUGGACUGUUGUUGUAAUACGUAUAUGUCGGAUAGAGCAAGCGAACCAAACGGCAUAAAUCUGUAUAUUUGCGCGUGUUCCACAAAUUCGUGAACUGAAGACUACAUGUAUUCAUUUUUGCUGGACAAAAUUAAAUGUAGCGACGUUUACUGUUGAGUUAAAAGUGGUAUGAAAUAGGUUGCCAUUAAUUCGCUGUGUUGUAGUUUAUCAAAACUAUGCUAUAUUAUAGUGUUUGUAUAAUUAUUACGAUCUUCUAAGAUUGUUGCUUGUAAAUAUGCUUACAGAACUUACCUAUGAUGCGCACAUGAGCUCACCUGUGAGAGCGAGCACCUGCUUAUAGGUCAGUAGCUGUCAGUGCAAAUAAAACGACCGUGUCAACACCUGUGCUGUUGUCAAUUUCCAAACGUGUUCAAUUUCUAACGCAUACUGUUUAAAGUAUUUGUAUAUUGCCAUGAAAAAGCUUGAGCCUUUGAGCCGUACGCCUUUAUGCUCGUAGAAGAAU